AUGGGCUCCGUCUGGGGCCUGGCUGUGCCUCUCCUUGUCUUCUGCUGGAAGGCUGGAGUCAGUGUGAGCUCUCCAGGCCUCGGCAUUAACAGAUCACUUCCUUUGGUGACAUCCAAUAACACAGAAGUGCCCACCUUUACUCAGAGGGACAGGCCCAGCUCAGAGAGAGCUUUCCAGACCACCAACCUGACUCAGAAUGUUCCUCUAGACACAAGAGCUCUCAGCACUGAAACUGCUUCUAACGCCUUAAUCGCAACCAGUAUCACUUCAGAGGUCAAUUCCAGGAACACCCAGACCACCUCUUUUGUAACAAAGACUAGGAAGACACAUACUGCCACUUCUGCAGCAUCAUCCCUAGAGACCCAGACCACCUCUCCUAAUGUGUCAACCCUAAAUAUGCAGACUACCUCCCCAACAGCAUCGUCCCUGGAUGUCCUGACCACUUCCCCUGCACCAUCAUCCCUGAGUACCCCGACCACUUCCCCUGCACCAUCAUCCCUGAGUACCCUGACCACUUCUCCUGCACCAUCAUCCCUGACCACUUCCCCUGCACCAUCAUCUCUGACCACUUUCCCUGUACCAUCAUCUCUGACCACUUCCUCUGCACCAUCAUCCCUGAGUACCCAGACCACUUCCCCUGCACCAUCAUCCCUGACCACUUCCCCUGCACCAUCAUCCCUGGAGACCCAGACCACUUCCCCUACCAUCUCACCUGUCAAAUUGACCCUAAAGACCCAGACCAUUUCCACUGUAACAGAGACCAGAACUGUUUCAAUAAGAAUACCUUCCAACUUCAUGGUUGUGCACACCAUCCCUACAGAGACAUUGGCACCAAGCGGCAGUCCCAGAACUGAGAUGAGUACUGUCCAAACUGGCCCAGUGUGGGAUGCCAUAGGAGCCAUCUUUGACACACUUUGUACUGAUGACAGCUCUGAAGAGUCAAGGAAGAUCACAGUUGACCUCCUGACUUUGGCACACGCCUCCACGGAAGUGGAGCACCUGUCUUCAGAGAGCAGCUCCUCCUCUGACAGCUCCGCUGGGGUCCUCAGCGGCUCACAGGUCCUGGGACCCAACAGUGCAACUCCAGGCAAGGGCUUGGUUGCGUUCAGCGUCACCCAUAUUAAACUCACCACCUGCGUCACAGAAAUAGAAACAACUGUCACCAUCUCUGGGACCCCAGAUGCGAGCCUCAGUCCUACAGAAGCGAUGGCAGCCUUGUCCACUUCUGAGGUGUCAACUUUGCCUCCAUCCACUGAGGCAAAAACAAUUAUCCCCAAGACAACAAGCUCACCUGGGAUCCUGUCAAGCGCUGGCACCCUGGCCCUUGCCAGCACUCUUGAGGGUAUAGUCCCCAGAAUCACAGAAAUCGAAACAACAGUGGCCCAGACUCUUACCUCUGUUGAAACGUGGGUGACAGUUAGAAGGAACCCACCGGAAGACACUUCAGCACUCUCUAUUGAGACACAAAGCCACACAGAGGUCUUGGGGACCAUCGCCGUCCCCACGGUUGCUGGAUCAACAAUGGGAGAAGCGAGCUCCUCCGUGAGUUCCACGGCUCUGGACAGCAGCAGCCUCCCAGCAGUGGUCACCACCGAGAGCUCUGCUACCUCAGAGACUUUAACCACAGGCAACACAACCAACAGCUCCUUCCUCACAGGGAGUCGCCCUCCUUUUUUUACCUAUUCAACUACAGCUAGCACCAGCAAAAAGCCAAACAUCACCUUAGCCAAGGCCACAGCCUCACCAAAGCCCCCGACAAAUCCCACAACAUCUGCAUCCACAACUUGGAUAAGAAAAACCACAAAACGUGAUCCAGGUGAAGAUGGAGGAUUCCUCCUUGUACGGCUGACUGUGGCCUCCCCUGAGGACCUCACUGAGCACAACGCCAGAGAGAAGUUGAUGUACCAGCUCCGCUGUGAACUGCAUACCCACAUGCCACUUGUCCACAUGUCCUUACUGAGCAUCAGGAGGGGCUGA